ACGACUAACUGGUUGAUUUUUGUGCCCAAAGCUUCAGGGUUUUGCUCUUCUCCCCCAUCUGGCAGCCCUACUUUUCCAAUACCCAAAACCCCAGAUUUUCCCGAGAACCAAACGAAAAUUUUUUGAAAAAUGGGACUUUCUUCUUUCUCUCUCGGCUUUUUCUCCAAAACCCCAAAAAUCUCUCUUCCUAAGACCCUAAUUUUCACUACCCCCUCCAUAUCAUCCAAGCCCCACCUCAAAUUCAACCCCAUUUUCAGACCCUCCACUCUCACCCUCUUCCUCCCAAUCCAGAAACCCAACACCAAAACCCACUUCAAAUCACGUAUCUGCUGCCUCUUCACCGGCAUUGUUGAAGAAAUGGGCGAAAUCAAACAGCUGGGUAUCGCUGAACAAGGCGGAUUCGAGAUGAGAAUCGGUGCAAAGACCGUUCUUGAAGACGUAAACCUCGGCGAUAGCAUUUCCGUCAACGGUACGUGCCUUACGGUGACGGAAUUCGAUACCCAAUCGUCCGAAUUCACCGUCGGUUUGUCGCCCGAAACGCUGCGAAAGACGUCGUUGGUCGAGCUAGAACCGGGCUCGGCGGUGAACUUGGAGCGGGCGGUGCGGUCCACUACCCGAAUGGGCGGGCAUUUCGUGCAGGGACAUGUGGAUGGGACGGGGGAGAUAGUAUCAAAGGAGCCCGAGGGGGAUUCCUUGUGGGUUAAGGUAAAGGCAGGGAGAGAUUUGUUGAGGUAUAUAGUUCCAAAAGGAUUUAUAGCGGUGGAUGGGACUAGUUUGACGGUGGUGGAUGUGUUUGAUGGGGAGGAGUGCUUUAAUUUCAUGUUGGUGGCUUAUACUCAGCAGAAGGUGGUGAUUCCUUCCAAGAAAGUUGGGCAGAAGGUGAACUUGGAGGUGGAUAUAUUGGGCAAGUAUGUGGAGAGGCUGCUAAGUAGUGGGUUUGUUGACUCUAUUAGAUCUUCAUGACAAAAGGCAUUUAACUAUGCUUCUGUUUCUGUUAAUGUAUCAUUGUUUGUUGCAGUGUAUUUUGUUAUUGGUUGAAUCAGAAAGACCAAAUUCUGAGA